GAACGAAAGUGGGUUGAAGUGAAGACAAGUGGGUGUUCAUGUUCAAUACAAGUAACAAAUAAACAGCUAAAUACCGGAAUUUACAGUUAUGAACUCCUGAAAUACGACAAUGGAGGGGCUGCCUUCGGGUGAUAUACAGGCGAAGUACCAGAAAUUGGCGGCGGAGUAUUCGAAAUUGCGGGUGCAUGUAAAGGUGCUAAAGAAAGGAGUUCUAGAUGAGCAGGCUAAGUCGAAUGAGUUGCGGGAAACACUUAAGGAUAAGGAGAAAUCCUUGAGAAAAGGGGAGUUGGAGAUAGAUUCAUUGACAUUCAGAAACCAGCAGUUGACGCGGCGGGUAUCUGUCCUUCAGGAUGAACUCGAUGCGUUGCAGUUAAAAUUGACAAAGAAAUCAAAAAACAAAGGUGAUGACAAGCAGCAGGCCACAGUCAGUAGCGCACCUGCAUUAGACUCGGGACUUCUACAAGAAGAGCUACAGAAGAAAAUUAUUGAGAAUGCGCAGUAUGCUUCACAGUUAUCAGACAAAGUAUUCGAAGUAUCUCAAUUGAGGGCAUCACUGGAAGACUACCAGAGACUCAUCAGUGAGAGUGACAAUAAAUACAAAUGCGAGAUAGCCAAGUUGAAGAAUAAGAACCAGGAGUUGCAGUACUCACUAGAGGAGGCCCAGAGGGAGAGGAUAGGGGGCACUCCGAAUAAGAUACACCUGGCUACUAGCAGUCAGACUGCAAGCUGUAAUGGAGACUUCUUGUCUGAAGGAGGGAGUUUGGUGGGCAGUGAAGACGCGCUAAGUUCUGUAGAAGAUAUGAAUGUUACAGAGCAGCUCAGUAUAAAAGCUCAUUCAUUAGAACAGGAAAACCAAAAACUAAAAAUGGAGUUCGAAAUGCUUCGAAUGGAAAACGAGAGUCUGAAAUUAGAGGUAGCAAAGUAUGUGUCCGCUUCACAAAAGAGGAGAGGGGAUGGUCAUGAUUCCGGUGAUUUCAAUACUUUUGGGGAGACCUCCGUGGAUGCUGAGGGCAGGGUCACAGGUCUAUUGGGUAGCCUCCAGGUACCCUUCCUCCUCACCCAGGAAAUAGAGACCAGGGAAGAAAGAAUGAAGACAUACUUUAGGAAUAAGAUUAGCGAACUGAAGAUAGAAAAAGAAGAAUUGAAGAGUAAGACUGAACAUUAUGUUAAAGAGUGUGAGAUGUUACGACUCCGGUUCGAAGAGAUGGAGAGAGAUAAACAGAGCAACGAGCACACGUUGAGUGAGAAACACAACACUAUCAGUAGACUGGAAGAAGAGCUCCAUUCAACGUCGCACAACUAUGAGGAACAGAUGUCAGUUCUGACGGAGCACGUGGCAGGUCUCAACGAGCAACUGACGAGACAACACGAUGAGAUACAACUACUGAAGCAUGCGCUUAACACUAGGAAGAAGUAACUAGGCUGCUAGGAUGGGAGGUGAAAGGUGAUUUGUGACUUAUGACCUUGAGAUAAGGUACUUAUUACCUUGGACUAUACAUCUUAUGAGUUUAGUAGGUCUUACAUCAGUAAUUUGUUUCAAUGAAGGUUUCCGUGAUGGCGCUAGUUAGGUGUAAAGACAAUUUAACCAAUCAACUUAGCUGUCUGAGUAAUGCCUUGUUACUAACUAAUAUUGUAUUGAGUAAUAGAUCUUAAGCUAUACUAGCGCCUCUAGUUGCUAAAAAUAUAAUUUUGAAUGUCGAAUAUUAAACCCUAUGCCAUUGCAUUUAAAGGCUCCGUCUCGGGCUGGAUAACGUAAAAAGGGGCUGGUAAGAUUUUUAUUUAGUCACUUUUAAGUCAAGGGUCAUAAGGUCGAUAUUUAACACCUUUCGUCUCAAAUAAGUCCUAUAAAUACAUACAUAUUGUAUACUGUCAAUAUUAUCGUGUAUAAAAAUGUUUAUAAUAUAUGGUCAUAUGACCAUAAUGUACAGUGAACGAAGUAUAUAAAAUCAAGUUAACUUAGUAUGUUCAAAAAUAUUUACGACUACAAACUCGAAAGUUACGGACUCCGGUUGGCUCCGAAAGCAAUCGGUGUACACCGAUUUCUGACAAGAGACAGGUUUAUGAAUAUUUGACGUGCCUCUUGGAUUCUUAAAUUUAUAUGUUGUGUGUUAUUUAUUAAAAUGAAAAUUAGAUAUUUAAUUUGCACCUUGGUAAACCUACUUGUGUCAAGAAAUGAGCUGAAUAGGUAUUUCAGGA